GAAUUAUUUAUCGACUUCCUUUCUUUUUUCCCCCCUUUGUGCGUUCGGUGGCGUGGGAAGAAGCGGCGAGGAAGACGCCUUGUUUUUAGUUCUGUAAGCCGAUUUUGGGUGUUUUUUUGCUCAAAGGCGAACACAAUGACGAUCAAGAUUUUCUUGGGGAACUUGAGUUCCGAUACCACAUCUGAUAAAAUUCGACCUCUGUUCGAAAAAUAUGGGCAAGUUGCUGAGUGUGACGUUCUCAAAAACUUCGGGUUUGUGCAUAUGGUGAACAAGAAUGAGGCCAACAAAGCCAUUGCACAACUUGAUGGCUACAGUGUUGACGGAAACAACAUCCGUGUAGAGCUAUCGACCGGAAAGAAAGGUGGCGGCGCCGGUGGCGGGAAAUUCGACAAGAAAGGGUUUGGAAAUCAGAGGCCGCGGCCUUACGGGCCACCCCCACCUGGACGAGGAGAUCCCCGUGAUUUCGAUAGAUAUCCAUACCCUCCACCUCCUCCUCUCCCGUACGAUAGGUAUGAUCCCUAUUACCGUUACUACUUGGAUAGAGAGGCCUACUAUGCCAGAGUAGCUCCCCUGCCCGGAGACAGGGGUGCAUACCCACCUGCAGCAGCAAGCCGGGAGCGCUACCCUCCAGUCCCUCCCCGUGAUCGGAUUGCUGACCGCUACCCUCCUCCCCCUGACCCUAGGGACAGACUCCCCCCACCUCGAUCAUACCUGGAGGAUAGGGCACGUGGCAUCCCCCCACCAGAUCCCUACUUCAGAGAAAGGGACCCCCUUGGAGCAAGGCCUCCCCCAGAAUAUUAUGACAGGAAGCUUCCCCUGGCAGGAGGCCGUGGUGCAGAGUCAGUUGGAGCGGCCGGAGCAGCUGCAGGCAGAGGUGCUGCGCCUGGUGGUUUCAACGGCGUAGGCAGUAGCAGCGAUUUCUAUCGUGGCCUGGACCGACCUGGUGCUAGCCUAGGAGGAGCUGCUGGUGGUGGUGGUGACUAUUUCCGACAGUCUGGCGGUGCUGGUCAGCAAGGUGGAUAUGGCAGAGUUGGAAUGGGUGGACCAGGUGGGAAACCGGACAGCCAGUCUUCAUUUGCUACUGAUCCUAUCUUUUUUUAGGUCAAGGUGGAUACUGAAUUAAUAAAAAUGGAGGCAGUGCUGGAACCACACAAAGAAUGUUAAUAGGUUUUGUUUCAUUUUUGUAUAGAAGACUUGGAUCUGCAGCAAAAGUAAUUUUCAACUAUUAACAAGUUUGUAAAAAAUAAGUUGGAUUAAAGUUGGGGUGGGGGGUGGGUUUGCACAUGGAAAAAUUAUUGGUCUAUGAAGUAAAAUGUAAUUAGAAAAGUAUAGGAUAUAUUUUUAACAUCUCGUUGCUGUUACCAUUUUUAAAUACUCAUGAGUACACCUUUCUUGUCGUCACUUUUUAUUGUCUUCCUCCAUUUUAAGUCUUGUGGCUGAUCAGGUUUUGUUCAUGUUGUAGACACUGAGUGUGUGGUAAGCAUACUGUCCAUUCUCUGUCAUUCGCUGUUGAGUUUUUUUAUGGUCUGCACCACCUACAUGACAUCCCUUUCAUUUCCAUUCAUGUUGUAAUUCAUACCGGGGUAGCUUAUUUUAAAUGUUUUUGUGAACAAAUGUAUGUUUUUAAAAUUUACUACGUUAACAUUCGUACAGUGCCCACGAUCUACUUCAUUUUUUUGGUUUGUUUCUUUUUAGAAAAUAUCGUCGAGUUCAUGUACAAUAACCGAACCUCAUUUGACUGAAUAAAGUUGUCAUUUUUUGUAA